GAAAAGUCAUUCGCUCUUUUCUGAUUCCAAACACGUGUGUAGCUUGGCUUGCCUAAGUAAAAUUUAAACAAUGAUUAAUAAAAAAUCGACUAAAUCUCUAAUUAAGAAACCGAGAAUCGACAACGAUUAUGAUAAUUUAGAUGGAGCAAAUAAUAAGGCAGAAAUUCGUAACCACUUUCACAAUUCACAAGAGACCGUUGAGGACGAAGUUGAAGUAAACGGAACUAACAGCAGCACGGAUGACGACGAAUGUUUUGUAGGUAAAAACGAUGCAGACACAGACUCGCAUGAAAAUCUUCAAGAAAAGAAAACUAAGGCACAAAUUAGAGAAAUGUUGUUGGAAAAAUAUAAACAACGCUACGGUAUGCAAUUGUUCGUACGAUUCCCGCAUAAGAUACCAGCUACUGACGAAGAAUUGCAAGUAAAAGUAAAGGAACUAUCGCCUCUAAUUAUAAAAGCUCACAAACCUCGCCAAAAAUAUGCGAACUUUUGCUUAGUAGAUUUUAAAAACAAAGAAGAUCGCGACUUUGCUUUUAAAGCAUUCCAAAAAUCUAUAAAGUGUGGUCAGUUGAAUAAAUAUGUGGUUGCUAUUCCUCAUACGGAAAGUAUGGAAUUUAUAAAUAAACUCACUGACCGUAAAAUACAAAGCAAUGAAAGGAAAAAAGCAAAAUGCCGUCUAAACAAAGCCACUAAAAAGUCCCAAGAGAAAAAAUUCACGUCAACUGUCAUCUUAACAAAUUUACCGAACACAGUUACCACUGCACAACUUCGGAAAGUUUUUCCUAAUGCUGUUGACAUAAAGGUGAAUACCAGCAUAGCCAAGUUGAAGAAUUCGGAUAAGGUUGCUGCAAUUACUUUGCCUUCGACCAUUGAUGCGCGUAAAAUCGUAAAACAAACCAUUUUCUUAUCUGGUGUUAAGCUACAAAUUCGAUUUGACACGUAUAAAGGAAAAAAAAAGUUGAAUAAAGAAGGAAAGCGUGAGAAGAAAAUGUUAAGUCAGCCAAAGCUAUGUGGGAAAAAUGUAUAAUUUGAUAAAUAAAAG